CUGACCACUAACGACACCUCGGGGCGCCUCAAUUGCUUGAUUUCAUGGUGUGAGGUUUGUAAGUCAUGGGGUGUCGGCUGAGCUGUACAAGCGAGGGCGGCCUGAGGGAUGAGUACAUCCUGGGCCAGAAGAUCGGAGAGGGGGUACACACAUACGACAAUGCAAUGCUGGCAUUCCUUGCCCUUGUCCGCCCAUUUCUGUGCUUUCUCUUCUCUCCAAUGGUAUGCAAUGCAUUCACAGGCGUUCGCGCAAGUGCGUCUGUGCACGCACAAGAAGACGGGCGAGAAGCGGUGUGUCAAGUUGCUGCACAAGCCGUAUCCGAGGCAGGACUUCGAGACCGAGAUAGCGAUCAUGGAGGAGGUGUGCAAUGGCGGGUGUGACAACAUCGUCAGGUUCUACCAGCAUUACGAAGACAACUACUUCUACUACUCGGUAGGUUACAGAACCACGCCUGUCUCUCUCAACACGAGAACAAAGGUGUCUGUCUUAUCGGCUGCUGUCAUUUGUCGCUUACCCAGGUCAUGGAGAACCUCAGGUAUACAAUACAGCACGGAGCACAUGAGUACGUGUCUCUGUCUGUCUGUUUCCCUCCGUGUGCUUCAAGUGGUGGUGAGUUGUUCGACACGUUGGCGUCGCCGCAGCCGUUGACAGAGAUGGAGAUCGCCGACAUCAUGAGGCAGAUGCUCACCGCAUGCGCAUACAUUCACAAAGUGGGCAUCGUACACAGGUGGGUAACAGAUAGAUACGGGCGGGUCACGGAACUGUACGUGCCAUGUGGCUGUCUGCUGGGCUGGCGACUGACUGACAGGGAUCUGAAGCCUCAGAAUCUUCUCUUUGCAGCCAAGGGCAGCAACGUGGUCAAAAUGAUCGACUUCGGGUAGCAAGGCAGCGGAUAAAGACACAGAUAUCUCGGCUGUGACUCCUUUCUGUCUUCAGUCUGUCGUACAAGAUGCCGAAGGGCGAGAUGCUCGACGACCCCUGCGGCACCCCCGAAUUUGUCGCACCUGAGAUGAUACUCGGCAAAUACGGAAGGUACGCAGCGCAGGGGCCCCCAGACCAUUCUCAAGACACUCAUGUCUGUGUCUCGCCUGCCCCCAGCAAGGUCGACAUUUGGGCGUGUGGUGUGAUAUUGUUCAUGAUGCUGUUUGGCGAGAUGCCCUUUGCGGCUGCCAACGAGGAGGCUUUGUGGCAGAGGAUAGUGGAGCACCAGCCCGACUUCAAGAAGGUGGCGCAGCGGGCGGGAUACAACCCCAGUGAGGGCGCGCUCGACCUCCUCAAGAAACUGCUCACCAAGAAGCCACGGCACCGACCCACUGCCGAAGAAGCCGCCAGACACAAAUGGAUCAAAGGUAUGAAAGUCCCAUACAACACAACCAACAGACAAAGGGAGACAUGUCAUGGUUGUGUUGCGAUGUCAUGGUGGUGUUGCGUCUGUCUCCCAUGGUUUUGCAGAGAUGACACAGCCGACGGCAAUGCCGGUGUUGCUAGAGCCGAUUCCCCAGGAUGUGCGCCGUAAGGGCCGGCUGGCGACCAUCGACGUCAAGAAGAAGCACGACGAGAUGGUCAAGCAGCAGGUGCCGCACCCGCCACAACACAACCAAAUCGACAAACUGCAAGAGGAGCUUGACGAAGGUCAGCCUUCUGUCCACAUAUGGGGGUGGGUGGCUGCUGGAAGCUUCCGGCAUCUGCAAUGCGGGUGCGCUGUGCAGAGUACAAGCACAGGAAGCAGGGCCGCCUGGCGUCUCUUGCUGUCAAGAAGCAGAAGGAGACCGAUGGCGCACACAGGGAAGAACGCGACUCAUCCCUAAGUGAGCGCCAGAAACGUAGGAAGCCGCAAUAUAUGCCCCCGCCCCCCUGUCUAUGUCCGUGUGGCUCUCAGAGGUGCCCCCUGCUGUCGAGCACGCCGCUCCGCCCACACAGCCAGCCGUCGAACGGGGCGAAGAAAGGCAAGGAAGAACCAGCCUGAAACAGACGUGUGCAACGCAUGCAUGGGUGGAUGGCUUGUCUUGUGUGUGCAGGAAGACAACACGAACAAGGACGGCAGGCUAUCAGAACUUCAUGACAGAGCUUGAGAAGCUGAGAGCGCAGUACGAGACCAUCAAGGAGGACAGCGGAGAACUCGAUGCCAUGGGACCCGUGGAUGAGAAGAGGCCAUGAAGAGAAGAAGUGCCAGUGGGGAUGCCUGGCUUAUGCUGCUGCUGC